CGCGUAUUUCUGCUACCGCAUUUAGUCAGUCAUCCGCUGCUACGUUCGCCUCCUCGUUCGACCACUUCACGAAUUUCGCGAGCUCGAAUCGAUUUGACAGGACGCGUGGCGGAAUAAUCAUCCGCGGAAUAUAAUUCGAAGGAGUCCUCUUCCAAUCGAGUUCGAGACUCUCGUAAUAACGUAUCUCCCUUCCACCAAGUAGAAUCGAGAACGUAAAAAAGGGACGGAAGAAAUAAAUAAAGAAGCUUGGAGACGAUAAAAAACAAAGAAAAAAAGAAACAGGCGUGGACGACGAUAUUCGUCAGAAAACACGGGAUCCGAACAAUGUGACUGGCGAGAGCGGACUUUUGUAUGCGCGGUGUAUAUAUCGACAUAGUUGCAGUUCGUUCGCCUACGAGUGUCGUAUCGUACACUCGUAAACAUUUAUAGAGCUGGUUUCUCCUCCCCCUCUCCUUUAAGCGUCUCCUUUUUCCACCUCCGGAGUGCAGCCGGGGCGAGCUGAAAAGUGCGUUCGUCGAGCGGAGACCGAUACCGACUCGUUAUCGACGAUCCUCAACUUUAGUUUCUGCUCCGGUAGAAACGUAACGGUGACGAGUCGAGCAUGCUCGAACAUGAGAAGGAGAGUCACAGGAAAGGACGAAAUUAAAUCCGUUCGAAGAUCGGAAGAAUCAUUUGGCAGAUCCCCUUCCAUCCUCUUCCACGUGUCGCGGUAAUUCGUUCCACCACACCGUCGUCGUGAUGUAUAAUACACUGGACGCUCGCCAACCAGCUAACCUUCCACUCUUUCCCUCGUAAUUACCGAAUUUUCGAACAAAACGUCGCGAGCGGCGCCUAGCCACGGACGGAUUCGAGGUGAUUCGAGGUGUUCGAUGACAUAAUUUCGUGGAUGUUUACGAAGAGGAUGUUACAUACACGUACAUAUACGUUGGAGUAAGGGUGAAGGGAGAGUGAGUGAUGUCGUCGUGCAGAAGACAACGCAGCGCCGCCGCGUCCUAUUUCAUAAGGACGGCAAGAAGACUUAUAUCGCGUGUGGCGAACCAGGCGCUUACCGUUUCGCCACAGCCGGCAGUAACGGUGGAGGGGCCGGUGUCCAAAAUGUCUCCACCAACGAACGAUGUGACCAAUGGUGUGGUAGCGCCACCCAACACCCUGGCGCCCCGGGUUUCACCGACCACGAACCCGGCCCUUACCACCAUCAACCCGCCAACGCACAAGCGGACUCCCAAGGACUUCAUCUUUGGCAAGGCGAUCGGCGAGGGAAGCUUCUCCACCGUUUACCUCGCCAAAGAUAUCCACACCGGGAAAGAGUACGCGAUCAAGGUGUGCGACAAACGUCAUAUCAUCAAGGAGAAGAAGACCGAGUACGUGAAGCGAGAGAAGGAGGUGUUGAACAUGCUCGCGGGCGCGAAGCACUCGUUCGUGCGCCUGUUCUGCACCUUCCAAGACGUGGAAAGACUCUAUUUCGUCCUGUCCUACGCGAAGAACGGUGAGCUCCUGCCGUACAUCAACAAGGUUGGCUCGUUCGACAUCGAGUGUACCAAGUUCUACUCGGCGGAGAUCCUUCGUGCACUCGAGUACCUUCACGGUCUCGGGAUCAUCCAUCGCGAUCUCAAGCCGGAGAAUAUCUUGUUGGACGAGAAGAUGCACGUGCUCAUCACCGAUUUCGGUAGCGCCAAGAUCCUCAAGGACCCGGAGACGGUGACGCAUCCCGCGGCGGACGAGUCGCAACAGCAGCAGCAGCAGCAGCAACAACAGCAGCAGCAGCAGCAGCAACCGUUCCGAAGAGAACGCAGGGGCUCGUUCGUUGGUACCGCCCAAUACGUGUCGCCGGAGCUGUUGACCGAUAAGACGAGCAGAGCCUCCGAUCUCUGGGCCCUCGGCUGUAUAAUCUACCAGAUGGUCGCCGGUCUGCCCCCCUUCCGCUCCAGGAGCGAGUACAUGAUAUUCCAAAAAAUCCUGAAGCUCGAGUACGAGAUCCCCGAUGGAUUUUGCGAGCUGGCGAGAUCCCUCGUCAGUCAGCUGUUGGUGCUCGAGCCAUCGCAGAGAUUGGGCGCGCAGGACGAACACGGCGCCGGUUACCCAAGCAUAAGGGCGCAUCCGUUCUUCGAGGGUGUCGACUUCGAGACCCUCCACGAGCAGACACCGCCGCCGAUAUACCCCUACCUACCCGGCACGUCGGAGAACGAGGAGCUGAGGUCGCAGUACAGGGUUCCCGAUCACCUGGAGCCCGGCCUCGACGACAAACAGCUCACGAGGCUUCUCGGUCUGGGCAUCGGCGAGGACGAUGACGACGACGACGACGAGGACACCACCACUACCGAGCGCGAGAAACCCGCGCAGACCAGCACCGUCGUAUGCGAGAAGCCGAGGAGGACCAAGAUCACCAGUGACGGUAACAUCGCCGACUUAACGCCGGAGGAGAUCAGGAACCGAUUGGAGAAGCAACGUGCCUCUAAUCAGUGGGACGGGUUCGUCGAGGGGAAUCUGAUAUUGAAGCAAGGAUUCGUUAACAAGAGGAAAGGGCUCUUCGCGAGACGGAGAAUGCUCCUGCUCACUACCGGACCACACCUGUACUACGUUGAUCCUGUGAACAUGGUGCUCAAGGGGGAAAUACCCUGGAGUCCGGAGCUUAGGGUCGAGCCAAAGAGCUUCAAAAUUUUCUUCGUCCACACGCCAAACAGAACGUAUUAUCUGGAAGAUCCCGAGGGAUUCGCAUUGGAAUGGUGUAGAGCGAUAGAGAAUAUGCGAGUCCAUUACUACGGCCUGCAGGAGUCCACCGCUUAAACAGAAGACUGAUGAACGGAAAUCGUUUCGGAUGGAACAGGGCGAAUGAACGUUUCACCGAUUACGGUAAUCACAAUGUCCGCGGGAUUCGAUCGCGGAUAUAUCAUUAUCCGUUCGUGGCCAGAGGAGGCGUUCGUAUAGAUGGUUUGUUAGCAUUGUAACUCGGCGUUAGGAGGGAUUCACAUUCUAGGAUAGGUUAGCGUUUUUCUAACGCUUUCGAAGCGUUAUGUACAGUUUAGGAAAAAUUUUCUAGGUAAAAAUUUAAUGUGUCGGCGGCCCUCUGACCAAGCUCAAGAGGGAUACGCCCACGAGAAGAAAAGAAAAAGCGUAUCGAAAUCGUGCAGUUAUCCAUCUUUUUUUUUUUUUUCUCCCACUAAUUGUAUCGUUUUGCUAUUUAUUGUCGAACUCGGAUGAACUUGAUAAAAAAGGCUGCACGGCGUCUUUUAGCACAUGAAUUACACAGGGAAUAGCGAAAUUUGUAGGCAAGGUUUUUAGCUGUGUAUAUUCAUUCGCACAGCGUUUGAGCGCUGCGAGUGACGUAACGUUCGUGAUCGAGGUCGCCUGAUCCUUACUUUCGUUAUAGAGAAAGGAAAAUAAAACUGUUCUUCAUCCGCGCGAAUUUCGUUUAAAUAUUCAUGAUACGUAAUCGAAACAUCACAAUCAAAAUUUCAAUCGGAUUAAGCCGAUGCUUCGUAAAUAUUUAAGAAAAGAAACGAGGAAAAAUAGUAUAUAUAUAUACUGGUUGGACCAUAAUAGGACGAAGAUUAAUGAUUAGAUUAUAAGAUAGUGAAUGAAAAUCAGGCGUACAUCGAUCACACGCGUUUAUAUCAAUAGCAGCGUGUAGCAAUUUUGUUCCAAAUAUAGUCAAAAUUAAUAUAGAAAAAUUAUGGGCGACUUUUUUUUAGAAAAGAGAGAAUCGACAGCAACGCGAGAGAGCAUGUAAAUUCAUAGUUAUCUGCUCGCUGUCGAUUUAUCAACAAAUCUAGAAUGUCAAUUUAUAUAGUCGAAGUUAAUCAAAAAAAAAGAAAAAAAAAAGAAAAAAAAAGAAAAAAAAAAGGAAAAAAAGAAAAAAAUGCAGUGGGGACAACAUUGCCGCUUUGCAGCUUUAAUAAACAGUUUACGUUGCCUGAAAGGGAUUCCCGGAAUUUUGCGCGUUGUUCCGUUGAAUCUCUUGCUCUCUUCAUAUUACAGUAUUCUUCUCGUUAUUCGUUACCCCUUUUUUUCUUCUCGAUACGUUGUAAAUAUUAGCGCGAUUUCACGAAGAGCAGGCUUCGUAAAGCAUAUAUCAAUUGUAUACAUAUAGUUCUAUAUAUUUGUAAGUACAAAGAUCGUUGUCCGACCACGGCGUUUUUUCCAUUCGUUUCUUAGUUCGAUUUAUUUUGUCUCCAAUCUGGCCCUCGCGGACACGAUCGAACAAUGUGUGUAUAGCCGGGAACUAUAGAAGGACAGUGUUUAGAAUCUUAAUCGGAAGAAAUAAAUUUUAGUAGUUGUUUAAAAAUGGAGGAUGAGAUGGAAAUUAGUAUUUGUUGUACAAAAAAAAGAAAAAAAAGAAAAAAAGAAAAGCGGUGGAGAUUGGGAAGAAUUUUCUCUUCCUGCGGAAGACUUGUGAAACAGGAAUGUGACCUUAUGAAUUAAGUAGAUAGGUAAUAGAAUCUAAAAAAAAAAAAAAGGAUAGCUUUAAGAGUAGUACCCCGUAUAGAUUUGCGAGAAUCACACACACGAACACAUACACUAUCACCACCACACUCGUUGCGUUCAAACUAUUGUCGUUGUCAUUCUUACUAUAAUUUUUUUUUCUAGUAUUUAGUAAAGCUAUUACGAUUGUAUCGUUAGCGAUAUUAAUUAACUAUUUCAUCGUAUUACAAACGUAUAAGUAUUUUUUUCCCCUCGUAAUUGUCGACGUAUAUUUAAGUAUAAACGAUUCUGUUUCUCUUCCUUUCUUUUCUUUUCUUUUCUUUUCUUUUUUUUUUUUUCAUUUUUUUUUCUCACGCGCGAUCUUUUGUUAAUUUAUUAUUCGCCGUACACGUCCUACGUUUAUUUAUUUUUUAUCGUUUAUGUUUCCGCGUUAGAUCACACGCCUCGUUUACGCGUAGAUCACAUACAGACUUAGUACUACUACCGCUGCCACCACUGCGAUCAUUAUUAUUAGUGCUAUUACUAUUACUAUUACUGUGUCCAUUACUAUUGCUAUUAUAUUAUCAUUGCUGCAUACGUAGAUACAUGUAUACGUAUGCGUGCGCGUCACGUGUAUAUGCGUAUGCACGUGUUUAUAAUGCGUUCUGUAACUUAUAUUAUUACUAUCCUCUUUAGAUGUAAUUUUAGAUACUUUGUAAAUAAUACUGCCAAUUUAUCGCGCAUCGACUUCCGAAACGCUAUUCGUUCUUUUCGUGCGCGACCAAGUCGUGGCCAAACUGUACGAUACAGCUGUAUAUUAUCUAUACAUAAAUAUUCUAUAUACACAUAUAUAUUAUAUAUAUAUAUAUAAAAAGGUAUAUAUAUACACAUAGAUGCAUACAGUUAUAUAAAAUAUUUAUGAAUUGUGAAUAGUAGUUAGGGAAAUCGUGUAUAAACGUUCGUUCGUAGGUUAUAGGCCGAAUACGCGCUUAGGUUAAUACUUUGUUGACGUUACCUUUGCCACGACUCGAUCGCGCCAUUUCAUUAUACUACGUUGUACUAUAAAGACAUCCAUAUCUCACCAUCUCCUCGCGAUAUUUAGGAGACAUAAACAGGGUAUUCGGAGAAGGGAUUUGACGGAGAGUGGUUUGGUCGUCGUGCCUGCGAAGCUGCACGAGUAUGCUCGAAAUAAUGGUGAUUCGUUUACGGAUCGGCAUUGUCCUUGUGCCCAGUGGCUUUCCAAAAUGACCGCUUUUGGCGUGCCACGUACGGUGCUUGCGGGCGAAAACGGGGCGCACAGGCUCGACGAUCGUCCAUUCUCUCGUCGUUUCUUUCUCUUCAACUAGUGAGAAUCGAUCGCGAGGAGGUAUCCGAUAGUUGUUGUCGAUAAUUUCCUUCUUUCCAUUUCCUAUCCUUCUUCAUCCAUGCAGAAUAGCGUCUCGGUAGUAGUAGAUAAAAUGAAGCAUCAACGCAGUCUUUCUGUCGAAAACGAAAGCAUGCGUCGAGGGCGUUCUCAAAAUUUCAGAGGCGUGCGAAUAUUGCUUUAUCAGAAAAGACGCUUCAAUCGUUCACGGUCAAGUCCGAUAUUAUAGUUCCUCGAUGUCUCGACGAAUUGUUUCCUUUUCGAAGAAAGAAUGCGUUCGAUGUCCUAUCAUCGAUCGAACCGUUUUUAAUCGCGGAUCGGUGAUACGGUGUGCGGCACUUGCGUUUCCAUUGUUGUAAACUUUGCAGGUUCUACGUUUUAUGCAGACGUUGCAAACUUUCAGAUGGAAAUGUACAUAUAUUUUUUUUUCCUAAGCGCCGACUCCUAUCGAGGGGAAAGGUAGUCGCUUUUAUUAAAUAGUUUUCCGUCGGUUUUGGAGACUGGUCUUGAGAUUCCUAACCUCAAAGGGCGACGCUUACCUCCUUUUUUAUUAUAGUUCACUUACUCUAGCUGAACUUAACAAAAAAUCUCUAGUGUGUUUGUUGAGAGGCGUUCAACGUGAAAGAUAUAGCUAAUUUAAUUUAUACGCUCAGAAGAGAAAAAAAUACUUAAAAAAUCAAGAACAUAUGUAUGUAAAAAAAAAAAAAAAAAGAAAGAAAACAUUCGAAUACACUAAUGUAAAUCACGCAAGCAAUAACAACAAGGCCUUGCGAUCAUUCAAAUGCCUACCGUUUCGGCGUAAUAAGGACGGUUCAACUAUUAAUUGCAGUAUUACUAAAUGUAUACAGACUAAAAUACACUUACACGCCAAUACAACCUACACAACAAUUUACGUAUACACACUAAAUACUUCACAUUGGAUAAGAAGACUCUGUAAAUAGUUAGCACGUAAUUGAUAUUAUAGGCGACAAACCUAUUAAUAUUAACAUCAAAUUUAUUUAUAGUAAAUUUUCCGAAAUAUCGUA